AUGGGUGUGCCCGGAAAGAUCAGGGGUGAUACCCCUUUCAUGGUAGUAAAGGACCCGGAAAUUAUAAGUGAAGUCUUCAUCAAGGAGUUCAGCAAGUUUCAAGGUCGCGGUCGCAUGAUGCACAUCUACGAGAUGGACCCCGUCUUUUCGAGAUACAUUGUCCUUUCCAAGGGUGAGACGUGGAGGACCUCGCGGGCCAGCAUGUCACCCUUCUUCACUACUGCCAAACUCAAAGCGGUCUACGACACAAGCAAGGGCCGGGGUCUGUGGCAGAACGCCAACGAAAUGGACCUCACGCUAAUCACGGACAAGGUGUUCCCCACCCGAAUCAGCAACUCGGUGAUGCCCUCGUUGCUGCAGGCCCAGAAGCAGUUUAUCGACGUCUUAGGUGAGCACGCUGAUAAGGGUGUCGAGGCGGACAUCAACAGCCUUUGCGAGCGGUUGACCUUCGACGUCAUCGGCAAGGCGGCGUACGCUCCUCUGCCCCGCGAAACUCUGAACGAGCUGUCGACAAACUGCAUGACAAUAUUCGUUGGCGGAUACGAUACGACACGAUUGGUGUUGACCUACUGGUUUUACGUUAUGGGACGACAUCCAGAUAUUCAAGAAAAAAUGCGCCAUGAGGUUCUUCAAGCUUUCGAAAAAGAGGGCGAACACCUGUCUGUGUACACUCUUAAAGAACUUCCGUACACAAACCAAGUAAUUUCUGAGACGAUGCGAAUGUAUCCGCCAAUAUUAACUACCCCAAGUCUGUUAAGCCACGACGAUCCCGUCUGCACCUCCCUUCAGAAACAUCCAAAGCCUCUUCACAACGCGACCAAUGACCAACAGCACAAAACCUCUGUCGCCCAGGCAUUCGAGUCUAAGGACAAAGAAGAUGUGAACAACGACAGCCGACACUUGGCUUGA